AUGGCGCAAGCGGUGCCCUUUGCUAUCCAAGUCGCUUCUACACAAGCGGCCGCGGAAGCUGCUCAGGCGAACACGAAGGCGCUGUUGAGCAUUCUUUUCGCAUCCAGUCCCGUGUUACUGCUGGCGGCAAUACUCACAGGAGGCAGUUCUGAUCCCAAGUUCGAGAAACAAGCAGACCACCUCUUCCGGCAUGUCCUAGCUGAUCGAGUUAUUGUGAGGGGACAAACGAGCCUGGAGCUCCUUCAGGGCCUUCUGACGUACUUGGCCUGGUACCACCAUCGCUUUGAGUCGGAAACGCACCAAGUCUACCAGUUCCUGCAACUUGCAAACGGCAUGGUUGCCGAUUUGGGAUUUCCCAAGAAGUUCUCAAAGGCGAGGAUCCUUUCACCGCAGCAAGAGGCAGACCCCAACGAAAUCAGGACGUUCGUGCUAUGCUACUACCUCAACUGCGGAGGCAGUGUGCUCGGGUACGACAGAGCGGAGAACAUGCGAUGCAUCGACAGUCUGAGGAAUGCUGCAAGGAUGUUGACGACCAUAUCCCAAAGACCGCAAGACAAAGAGGCCCUAGCGCUGGUAGAGCUGUUGCAUUUCGUGGCAAGCCACCACAUCACUACCGAUACGUCGAAUAGUGCUGCAAAGCUUCCAGAACCAGGACCCAACUUGCUCAAAGACUGGGAGACAAAGUUCCUGCACCCACAGACCUCAGCCACUGUAAGAUCGACGUUCCAUUUCACCACAGCAUACAGUCUGCUCAAGUUGUCGAGCGCAAAGUCACCAUCGCCCACAGAUGUCCAAGUUUGUGUCCAUCACUUCCAACGAGUGCUUUCGAAUAUCCUCGGUCAAGAGUUGUCCUACCUCGUUCGCAUGGGCAUUGUUGAAUGGGCACACUUGAUCACGACUUUAUUUCUUUUGGCUCGGCUUGGAUCCCUAGCAACCACUGGUGGUCCUGCCGGCGGGGCAGUACGUCCAUGGGCUGUGCAUGACUAUCUUGAACGCUUUCGAUCCCUGCGCGACACCUUGGCGCAAGCGGAACCAGGAACAGACAUUGCUCUGCGUGCGCCGCACUUGCUGAGCUGGCUGGACAGGAUAUUGGUCGCAGUGGCGGAGCGGGCCCAGUCUUUUAAAGCACACCGGGACGUUUCUUCCGCCGACAUAGGUCACCAAGGCUCAGCAUACGAGCUUGUCAAUUCCUUUCUCGAGAACGACAAACCUGCCCUAGCUCGAGUCCUAGAGACUUCAAGCACAUCGAAGGCGGAGCCAGAACUCGGCGGAGAGGACUUUUGGAGCGAGUUCAUGUCAGACUGGCUGAAUUGGUAG